CAUAAGUCCACUGAGCUCCCACAAACAUGAAAUGUCUUCCAAUUUUGGACCCCCAGACUCCAGCGACGACGAAUUCAGCGGCAUAUCCGACGACGGUGGCUACGAAGACUUUAAAGGGCGAAUUAAAAAGGCACACGUAAACCAGCAAGAUAAAUUAACGCCUGAGCAAAUAGCUCAACGCGACAGGAAAAGACAGUUGCAGGACUUUUACAAUGCUGUUAGUUGGGGUGAUAAAAAAUAUUGUUUCGAACAAUUAAAUAAAGGAUUCGAUGUUAAUCAAGAUUUAGAGUCAGGCUGGACACCACUUUUGUUAGCGUGUUCUUAUGGCCAAUUAGAGCUUGUUGAUGAAUUUAUUAAGUUGGGGGCUGACGUAAAUUAUGAGAAAAAUGGUCAUACACCACUAAUGUUGGCUUGUAAUUGUCCUAAUUACACAACCAAUUUCUCUAAGUCACUGCAAAUCAUUCAAAAGUUGGUUGAAAACGGGGCAGACGUGAACAAAACUGAUAGGAAACGUAUGAACGCCUUAAUGUUUGCUGCCAGCAAUGGAAACUUGGAAGCCAUUAAGUAUUUGUUACCACUGUGUGAUAAAAAUAGUAAAGAUAAUCAAGACUGGACACCUCUAUUUUGGGCCAUAAACGGAAAACACGAAAACGUUGUUAAGUUUUUACUUGAACAAGGAGUCGAUUACACCAAAAAUGAUGUUCGAGGCUUUACUCCUGUGGAAUUAGCAAAAUACAACGACCUUGAUUCAAUAGUGGCUUUGUUUCCUGAAGACGUAUAUGAAAUAACAGAUUUCAAUGCAUAUUAUUCAAACGCUCUAGAAGAGUGCAGCAAUAAUAAGCCAAAGUUCUUCUGGGAUGUGUGCAAUAUUUUAAUUGCCACAAGGAGUGAUGCCCUUCUUAAAUUGUUUCAUGACAAGGAUUUGUCACUUUUGGAUUUCCUUUCUUUGACUGAUCAAGAGUUGAAAGAACUGGGAGUUGAAAUGCCAUAUCAAAGGCGGCGAAUACUGAGUGGUAUUCACAGAUUUCAUAAACACAUUUGGAAUAAUAAUUCACUACUGAAAAUUAAAAAAAAGGAAGCUUACAGUAAUAUUGAUCUUGCCACUCAGUUAGUUACAACAAUUAAACAAGUAAUUGCAAUGGAAGCUAGCAUAAAGUAUAUUACUAAAAACUAUAAUGGACUCACAGUGGAAGAGGUGAAGUUAACUAAAGAAAAUAUUCAUAAAAUAAAAAUGGAGUUGGGCUUAUUAGAUACAGUUUCCAAACAGCUUUUAACAAAAACCUCCAAAUGGGAUAACAUGAUUGAACCAGCAGAUCUGAUAACAAGGAAAUCGUUGUGGUAUAGGAUGCCCUGGUGGAAAAUAUAUUUUGGUGGGCUGUUGUGUUCCAUAAUUGCUAUUGUUAAAUAUAGACGUUGAUUUUUAUUUUUUUCAAUUAAAACUUAUUUAAUAAGUAAAUAUUAUUAUCAUUUA